CUCUCCCCCUCCUCUUUCCUACAAAAUGGCUCCGACCAAUCGGCUGUCGCCGUGGCGGACAUCGCCGGCGCCGCUGCUGCUUCUCGCCAUUGCUUCCUGUUUCCUGUCCGAGUCGGCCGCGACCACGCCCUUCCCCAAAGACCUGCAGCCAAUCAGCGUGGUCCACUCGGAGCAGUCCUACCAGUUUCCGGGGUUUCAGGGUCUUCUUCAGGACAACGACACGCUGCGUCUGGGUCUGGACUUCCAGAGGCUGCUCCGCAUCAACCACAUGUUGUACAUCGCUGCCAGGGAUCAUGUGUUUGCUGUUAACCUGACGACGGCUUCAGACCACUUCGUCCCUCAGCUGAAGCUGACGUGGCGCUCCAAAGACGUCAGCAAGUGUACAGUGAGAGGGAAGAACAGCGUGAGUUCAUUUCUCCUCUUCUUGCAAGAAUGUGUUUUGUUUGGUGUUGACGAGGAUAUGACGUCCUUGGAGCAGGUCGGAGAGGAAGUGGUUGGUCAGGCUCGCUGUCCCUUUGAGUCCGGACAAUCCAACGUUGGACUGUUCGCUGGGGGAGAUUUCUACUCGGCCACCAUGACGGACUUCCUGGCCAGCGACUCGGUCAUCUACAGGAGUCUCGGAGAUGGCCGACCCGUGCUCAGGACCGUGAAGUACGACUCCAAGUGGCUCCGAGAGCCUCACUUCCUGCACGCCAUCGACUACGGAAACUACGUCUACUUCUUCCUCAGUGAGAUCGCAGUGGAGUACACCGCCCUGGGCAAGGUGGUGUUUUCCCGAGUUGCCCGUGUUUGUAAGAAUGAUAACGGAGGGUCUCCCCGAGUCCUGGAGAGAUACUGGACUUCUUUCCUUAAGGCUCGUCUGAACUGUUCGGUUCCCGGAGAUUCGUUCUUCUACUUCGACAUUCUUCAGUCUCUCACCAACGUGCUGCAGAUCAACCAGAGACCGGCUGUGGUCGGAGUCUUCACCACGCAGGCAAACAGUAUUCCCGGCUCAGCAGUUUGUGCUUUCUACAUGGACGACAUCGAGAAAGUUUUCAACGGGAAGUUCAAGGAACAGCGUACCGGCGACUCUUCCUGGACUCCCGUACUGGACGAGCAAGUCCCCCGACCGCGGCCCGGGACCUGUGCCGGAGACGGUGCAGCUGCGGACUACAAGUCGUCGGUUCAGUUCCCCGACGAAACGCUGACGUUCAUCAAGUCGUUCCCUCUGAUGGACGAAGCUGUUCCCUCCGUCAAUGACCGACCCUGCUUCACCCGGACCGCCAGCAGGUCCAAGCUGACCCAGAUCGUGGUGGACGUGUCAGCCGGACCCUACAAGGACCGGACUGUGAUGUUCCUGGGCUCGGACGACGGGCGGGUCCUGAAGGUUUUGGCCAGCACGCACCCCAACGACAGCUUCGGAUCCAAACUGCUGGAGGAUAUCGACGUGUACAACCCGUCCAAGUGUAACGUUCAGGGCCAGGAGGACAGGAGAGUUCUGGGACUGGAGCUGGAUAAAGACCACCAUGCUCUGUUCGUAGCCUUCAGCAGCUGUGUGAUCCGAGUGCCGCUCAGCCGCUGCACGCAGCACGCCGCCUGUAAGAGAGCCUGCCUUGCCUCCCGUGACCCAUACUGCAUCUGGCUGCGGACCGGGAGUUGUGCCAACAUGGCGCCAGGUUUCAAGGCCGGGUUUGAACAGGACAUCGAGGGCGACCACUCGCUUCACCCCGACAGCUGCCGCGCCGACGUGAUGGCGACCACGCGGAACCAGGAGGCCGGCGCUGCAGCUGACUCCGCCUACGGUGUCAGCCGUCUUCCGGAGAUGGACCAGCGCGCCGCCGCUAACGUCCACUACACGCUGCUGAUCGCCUGCGUGCUGGUGGCCUUCUGCCUGGGCGCCAUCUUGUCGGGUUUCCUGGUGUCGUGCUACUGCGGCCGCAGCGCCGCCCAGCGGGCGCGGAGGCUAGGGAAGGACCCCGAGGUGUCGCUGCCGCACGCUUUGUCACUGCGAUCCCUCGCCAAGCUCAACGGAUUGCUGGACGGUCAGCCGAAGGAGGACAAACUGGACGUGUCCACCCCGAAGAUGUACAGCUCCUUUAUCCCCAACGGGGGGGGCGAGCCUCACCUGCACACCCCGGGACACCCGGGCCUGCCGCUGGGAGACCCCGACCUCAGCCUGUCCCAGUCUCUGUCUCAGGCCGAUGGCGAGCUGUCCGGUCUGCCCACGCCGGACUCCACGCCCGAGCUCCCCAUCAAGAACAUGAAGGCGCUCCGCCACCAUCAGUACGAGAAGAACCACAACGGCAACAACGCCGUGGACGCCAAUCCUCUCCACGGCGGCCCCAGCUGCUCCGCAUCCAGCCUGGGCUUCAUGGCCGUGGUCGGGAACGCCGUGACCCAGCCGCCGGCGUUUCCCUUCCCGCGUCACCACGGCAACAGUCUCAGCAACGGCGCGGCGCACGGAGCGGGCGCUUCUUCCACUUCGCUGCACCUCCCGGAGGAGAGGAAGGUCUGUGAUGAGCGGGCGGCCAGCGUUGGGGGCGGCCCCCCCCCCCAUCACCACCACUCCCAGCAGUCCCUCCCGCAGGCGGUCGUGGACGUGUCGGCGCUGGACGAGCUGCUCAAACACAUCCACGAGGUCAGCGCGUCGGGCACGGGCGGCAUCAAAGUCCUCACCUCCACGUCCUCGUCCUCCCUGUUCCCCGGGCCGUCCGCCGCGGGCCAUAACCAUAGCAACCACCACCACCACCACCACCACCACCAUAACAACCACCACCAUCAAGGACAGACACGCACGCACCACUACAACCACAGCCACCACCACAACAACCACCACAACAACAACAGCAACAGCAGCAGUAGCAGCACUAGCGUUCAGCCACAGCAGAUCCCAGAGACAGAGUCGUCGUCGUAUUACAGCACGACCACGCUGCCGAGGGACGGCGUCCCCAAACGGUUGGACGCCACGCCCCAAAACUCAGCGUCGUCCUCCGCCAACGUGCCGUCUUCUUCGUGCACGCCGCUCCAGCGACAGACGAUCCCGGAGACGCCCGUGACGCGCCACUUGUCGCAGCGCCAUUCGCUCAUCAAAAUGGGCAGUGGAGGUGGAGGUGUGCCGCGCCACCACAGCUUCAACCAGCACGCGCACUUUCUGGCCCGGAUGAACACCAACAGCAGCAGCAACGGGCCACCGGGCGCCAACGCAACCACAAAUACAAACGGCGCGAGGCAGCGUGCGUCUCUGGCGUCCGCGGCUUGCCUGACGCGGCAGCACAGCUACAGCGAAGGGCCGAACGCGCAGCGGGCAGCCGCAGUCGUCCGCAGAUCGGUGUCUCUCAAACCCCAAGUCCCGCCAAAGCCGCUGUUCCUCCCGCACGCGGCGGCGGCUUCGUCGCCGGUAGCAGAGGCGGGAAAGUACAAAUACUGAAACUUUGUAAGGGGGAGAAAGUACCGCAUGUCAUACUCAGAUUCUAGUCAGAAUAUGAGUCUGAUUCUGCUCCAUUGGGCUGGGAUUAUGGGGGUCUUGUUUCAACCCGAACCAGGAAAGAAAGAAAAUGCCCCUGCACUCAAUUGGAUAGACCUACAACCAAUCAGAGCAAUGGAGACAGACGUCACAGAAGCUGCAAGUCAAAGGCAGGCAAAAGGCAGAGUUCGGCAGUUUCCGUGUCGUGCGGUAGCAGAGGCGGGAAAG